GACUUGGUCUGGGGUCAAGGCCCCACAGAAGGGGUGGGUCUCAGAGCCCGGGCUCCAGCCCAAGCCCAAAUGUCUACACAACAUGAGCCCUGAGAGCUUGAGUCAAUUGACCUCGGCUCUGAGACUCAGUUCUGUAAUUUGUUUAUUGCAGUGUUGAUGUACCCUAGGUGCCUACAGGGGUUAGGCAGCCCCUGAGUGGUGGUUUUGUGAAAGUCAGUGGUGUCUAAAUAGUGGACUUAUUGUGCCUAAAGUGACAGUUUGGUGUCUAAGUCCUUCUUGUGAAUCUAUUCUCCAGUGCCUACCUCUGCUGCUUAUAGCUUUGCCAAGCAACAGUAUGGAAUGGACUUGAUCCCUGCAGAGGGAUUUUGAAUAGGCUUGAUGAAACUGACUAGAGUCUUCUUCAUUUCAGUCUCCUGCUGCCUGGCAAAAGAGGCUGUUGUGCUUUAUUUUAUUUAUUUUCCAUUGUGGGAGUGUUAGCUUUAACUUUGACUUUCUUGGCUUUCAUCUGUUUGUGUCACAAUCUUUGCUAUUUAAACUUUCUUCUUACAUUUAUACUUCCAAACUUUACUCUGUUAUGGAUUUUGGUGCCCCCCUGCCCCCUCCCCCAAAAAGUUUAUUUUGAGAGUAUAGCUUUAAAUAGCUAGUUCCUCCCAUGGGCUGCUGUAUAAAUCAGUGCUGUGGAGAGGAGUUGGGGACAGCACUAUGUGGCAAUGUUACAAGCAGUUCCUGUAGGUCUCUUGGGAAUAUCUGGGAUUCAGAUGAUGAUAUAUAGUACUGCUGUGUAACAGUUUGAGAUAUCUUGAAGGUCAGAUUAAAUGACCAGUACUGGGGGCCAAUAGAGCUAUUAAGAGUUUGUUCCUAAGGAAAUCUGUUAAUCCUUCUCUUUGUUACAUUUGAAGCUGCACACUAUCAAAACUACUCUAUGUGCUUGCCUUAGUCUAGUAGUGUCAGUGUUUUAUCAACAGAUAAUUGAGCCGCUCUAAAAAAAAUUGGAAAAUGCAGCUGUGACUAGUUGUUUUUUGUUUUGUAUGAUUUUUCUUCUAAAUAUAAACUGAAAAGAGUAUUAAGGAAAACUUGAGAGAACUGUUUUACAUCCAAAAUGAUACCCUGUGGACCUGUUCUGUCAUUUGUUCGGUGUUUGUUGCGAAGAAAAAUUGUCACUGUGGACAGUCUUGAAGAUUCCAAGUUAUGCCGAUGUUUAUCCACUCUGGACCUUAUAGCUCUGGGAGUGGGAAGCACUCUUGGUGCUGGUGUUUACGUACUUGCUGGAGAAGUUGCAAAAGCAGAUUCUGGACCUAGUAUUGUUAUUUCUUUCCUCAUUGCUGCCUUGGCAUCUGUGAUGGCAGGUCUUUGCUAUGCUGAGUUUGGUGCUCGUGUUCCCAAGACUGGUUCUGCAUAUUUGUAUACUUAUGUAACUGUUGGUGAACUGUGGGCUUUUAUCACUGGCUGGAAUCUCAUUUUAUCAUACGUUAUAGGUACAUCCAGUGUAGCAAGAGCGUGGAGUGGCACCUUUGAUGAACUCCUUGGAAAACAAAUUGGUCAGUUUUUCAGAACCUACUUCAGAAUGGAUUUUUCUGGUCUAGCAGAGUAUCCAGACUUCUUUGCAGUAUUUUUGAUAUUGCUUCUGGCAGGUCUUCUGUCUUUUGGAGUAAAAGAAUCCGCAUGGGUGAAUAAGAUUUUCACUGCUGUUAACAUCUUGGUUCUCCUCUUUGUUAUGAUUUCUGGCUUUGUGAAAGGAGAUACUGACAACUGGAAAAUAAGUGAAGAAUCUCUCAUAAACCUCACAGCACAAACAGGAAAUUAUUCUUCCUAUAAGAACGUGACAAGCAUAUUUGGGGCUGGUGGUUUUAUGCCAUAUGGUUUUACAGGAACAUUGGCUGGUGCUGCAACAUGUUUUUAUGCCUUUGUGGGAUUUGAUUGCAUUGCAACAACUGGGGAAGAAGUCAGGAAUCCUCAGAAAGCUAUACCUAUUGGAAUUGUGACUUCCCUGCUUGUCUGUUUUAUGGCCUAUUUUGGUGUUUCGGCAGCUUUGACUCUUAUGAUGCCAUACUAUCUUCUAGAUGAGAAAAGUCCUCUUCCUGUAGCAUUUGAAUAUGUUGGAUGGGGUCCUGCAAAGUAUAUUGUAGCAGUGGGAUCCCUCUGUGCUUUGUCCACAAGUCUUCUUGGAUCCAUUUUCCCAAUGCCACGUGUAAUCUAUGCUAUGGCGGAAGAUGGGUUGCUUUUCAAAUGUCUAGCUCAAAUCAAUUCCAAAACGAAGACUCCAGUUAUUGCUACUUUGUCAUCGGGUGCAGUAGCAGCUAUAAUGGCAUUUCUUUUUGACCUAAAGGCUCUGGUGGAUAUGAUGUCUAUUGGUACACUUCUUGCUUACUCACUUGUAGCAGCCUGUGUUCUCAUCCUCAGGUACCAACCCAAUUUAACCUAUGAGCAACCAAAAUAUUCUCCAGAGAAAGAGGCUCUGACAGGAUCAGAGAGGAAAUCUCAAAUUAGUAUGCUUCAAGGGCACCGCUUCAGUCUUCAGACAUUGAUGAAUCCAUCCAGCUUGCCUACAGAGCAGUCUGCCACUACCGUUAGCUUUUUAGUGGGUCUAUUAGCUUUUCUGGUGUGUGGGUUGAGUGUUCUGACCACAUAUGGGAUUCAUUUUAUUGCUAAUAUGGAGCCUUGGAGCAUUGGUCUUCUUGCUGUGUUGGUAGUACUCUUCAUAGUCAUAGUUCUCACCAUAUGGAGGCAGCCUCAGAGCCAGCAGAAAGUAGCCUUUAUGGUUCCAUUCUUGCCAUUUUUGCCAUCCUUCAGUAUCUUGGUGAAUAUUUACUUGAUGGUACAGUUAAGUGGAGAGACUUGGAUCAGAUUUAGCUUCUGGAUGGCUUUUGGCUUCUUUAUUUACUUUGCAUAUGGCAUCAGACAUAGUCUUGAAGGUCAUCCUAGAGAUGAGGAAGAUGAAGAUACUUGCUCAGAAAAUAGUGGAAUACAGGAAAAGAACCCCGUGGAAGAAGCAGAUGAACAUACAAAUGAAAAUGCUCAGUUUAUUAUACAUGAAAGGACAAGUGAAUGUUAAUGUUUGCAAACAACCUUAACGUGCAUGUCUCUUAAGUAGUAGUAAACUGUGAUCGAAUGUAGUUGCUGAACGAAAUUGUCAAAAGGAGCUGCCAGCAGAUUAACAGUAAUUUAUAUUUGUGCAUCUUGAAAGUGCCUACCACAAAGCAUGACUGACGUGUUGAACUAGCUGCUAAUACCUCUUGGAUACUUCAGAUCCAGUCACAUGAAGACUUUCUUCAGUGAAAAAUUGAUAUCCCAGAUGAAAA